AUGGCACAGUGUGAACAGAUCUCAUCUUUGGGGAAAAACAUCCGCCUUAAAUUUAUCAACCGAAGUCUGGAUUGUCAAAAUGUAGUUGACAGUGAAGUGGUGCGAGAGUACAACAUUGUCAGAGUAUCUGUUUGUAAAUGGUUUGACCAUCCUUCGGAGUGUGCCUCAGCAGUUUGUAUCAAAAAACCGAUCGAUUUCUAUCCACCAGAAAAACCGAUCGACUACUAUUCACCAGAGAAACCCACUUGGUAUUAUACACCAGAAAAACCGAUCGACUACUAUCCACCAGAGAAACCCAGUGACUACUAUCCACCAGAAAACCUGACCGUCUACUAUCCACCAGAAAAAACAACCGUCUACUAUCCACCAGAGAAACCCAGUGACUAUUAUCCACCAGAAAAAACAAUCGACUACUAUCCACCAGAAAAACUGAUUGACUACUAUCCACCAGAAAGGCCUAUUAUUUACUAUCCACCAGAAAGACCUACUGUGUACUAUCCACCAGAAAAACUUCACUACAAUCAUUCAUCUGAGUGCUUUGUGAAUGGAAAGUAUCUAAAGAUUGGUGAAAGUAUUCAGCUGGAAGUUUAUAACUGUACAAAGGUCAUUGGGACUUGUGUCUACAAAGACCAUCAAUGCCUACUGACAAAAACAACUCUUAUUAAAAGUUGUACUGAACCUGGACCAGAUGAAAAUUGUAUACCACUGGGAUAUGAUGCAAAUGGAUGCUGCAAAACAUAUCACUGCAAGCCUAUGUGUUCGAUUACUACUAGCACAGCUACAUUGAGGAAGAAUGACUGCAAAGUCGACGUUGUUCUCAAUCAUUGCAAAGGGCGUUGUAGUUCAGAAACCAUCUAUAAUGGACUGACGGGUCUGAUUGAAACACAUUGCGGCUGCUGUAUGCCAAAGAAAUUCAAAAAGCUGACUGCCAAAGCCACCUGUAAGAAUGGCCGAAUGAUUCUUCUGGAAUACCUCCUUUUCCAAGAAUGUGAAUGCAAUUAUGACGUGUGUAAAUCUGUCCAAUAGAAGAAGAUCCUAUUUGGUGCAAUAAGUGAGAUACACUCUACUGAAGGAAUACAAAUCCAGAACUACUCAUCAUCAAUAUUAACAUGAACAUAAUUGCACUUUUUAAUCAAGAGAAAAAUGUUAUAAUUAUGUUUAAUAGAAAUUUUAUAAUGAAGAAACAUUCACCAUUUUUUCUCUACUUGCUUUAGCUUUCUUUUAAAGUACAUACAUCCCAUUUAUGAAAGUUAAUCUUAUA